AGAAAUGUGAGCAAUGGAUUUAAGGUGUGAUUUGUCCUUAUAUAAUGAGAUCUUCUGCAUAGAGAGAUACACUAACAGUUGUACUGAUAUUGGUGACAUCGGCACUCCUGCAAGUCCCAUACAAGACAAGAACAAUGAGUUCAUCUAAACUACAGGAAAGCAGUGAGGUGAGAAUCGGACAUUCUCUGAAUGAACUUGAGAAAGACUUUUUAACCACAAGAAUAAAAACUGUUCAAAAAUGUCUGGAGAAGCUUGGGAUAGACCCUCAGGGUAAUGUGCCCAAAAUUGCACUAAUGGGUUCUGGAGGAGGAGAACGAGCCAUGCUGGGUUUACUGGGAUCUCUGGUUGAACUAAAGAAAACAGGUCUACUGGAUUGCAUCCUUUAUCUGAGUGGAGUCUCUGGAUCAACCUGGUGCAUGGCGUCUUUAUAUCAGGACUCUGACUGGUCCACUAAUCUCGAUUCAGUAAAAGAGAAGAUCAUUCAGAGACUCAAAGGUCCUGGUGUGAGCUGGAGUGAUGCCAUUUCCAAACUGAAGAAAUAUUAUUAUGAGAAAGACAUCUUUAAUUUAACAUAUUUUUGGGCAGUGAUGAUCGUCACUUCAUAUGUGAAAGAGAUAAACGAACACAAAAUUUCAGAGCAGCGUGUACAUAAUAAAGACCCGUUUCCCAUCUAUACAGUGAUUGACAAGAGAUUCAGACAGCAAAAGAAUUAUAGAGAUACCUGGUUUGAGAUCAGCCCAGUUGAAGCAGGUUAUUCUUUAACUGGAGCGUUUGUGGACAUCUCCAAAUUUGGCAGUCAGUUUGAGGGUGGCUGUAAGAUUAAGGAUCAGCCUGAAAUGGACAUGCUUUACCUGCAAGGCUCUGAAAAUGGAGGCAACAAUGAAGCGACUCAAAUUAAGUUUUACUCGUUGCUCAGCCUCCCUCAUAAUCAUACCAUGGACAAGGACAUUUCAUCUGAGACUGCUUCUCACCUUGCCCUUCGUCUUCCUCCUCCUCCUUCACCACAUCCUCUUCCUCCUCUUCUGCCUCCUCCUCUCCAUCUUCCUCUCCCUCCUCCUCCUCGUCAACCUAUUUGUUCAUCAUGUCCUCUUCCUCCUCCUUCACCACGUCCUAUAGACAAGCGUAGAUCUGUCCACUAUCUGAACGUUGUUAUUUUUUUAUUUUUAUUACGUUUAUUGAAUGAAUGUAAAUGGAAAGAAAUCGAAACACAGUUUUUACAAAAACGUAUGUAUUCCUUUUUUACAGAACUUGAUGGAGGUGAAUGUAAGCUGGAGUUUCAAAUGGAUAAGACAGAGAAAAAUUACAUGAAGGACUUCACUUUGGCUGUUUGUGAACAUUUAAAGCUCAGGCUCAAUAUCUGGCAGUUCAAUUUGAUUUCUUGCAUUAUAAUGUGUUUUGUUUUGUGGAUCUGGGGCAGAGAGUACAACUUUGUGUACAAAAUGAAAGAUGAUGCAGUGCCAAUCGUUCUUCAGGACAGUGAGAAGAGAGAUUAUGAAGACGCCGGUUUGUGCCUCAACUCAUCUUACAUGUCAGUACUGAGACAGGAGAGAGACAUUGACCUCAUCAUAUCCCUGGAUUUCAAUGACGGAGAUCCUUUUGAGACAGUGAAGAUAGCUGCUGAAAUGUGCAGGGAACUAAAAAUACCUUUCCCUAAAGUUGAUAUACCAAAUGUGGAGUACCCAGAGGACUUUUAUGUGUUUAAAGGCCAUGGAGAAGCACCGACCGUGAUCCACAUCCCUCUCUUCAACACGGUCAACUGUGGAGAUGACAUUGAUGAGUGGAGAGAGAGAUAUCACACAAUUCAAUUUCCCUACAGUACUGAUAUGAUUGAUCCUCUUGUGGAUGUUGCUGGCAAAAACAUCACAAACAACAAAGAGAAACUGCUGGAUAAGAUUCAAGCGUGCAUUAAAAAGAAACAUUUUUCUAAUUAAAUAACAGCAAAUCAGCUUGUAACAAUUGCAGAACCCCUUUUGGUGCUAAACAGAGGCCUUUAUACCUUGCCUUAAAAGAUCCUAAUCUUAAAACCUAUAUAUCUCUGUAUCUCAUAUAAGAUGUCAUACAAUAAGACACAAGACUUUUUUUAAGAUGUCAAAUAAAUCUUUGGUUUCACUAGAGCACAUAUGUGAAGUUUUCUCUCAAAAUACCAUAUAAAUAAUUUAUUAUAGCAUGUUUAAAUUGCCACAUGGUAGGUGUGUGUGAAAUUCAAACACUGAUCACAAUGAUGGUGGUUUGUUGCAAUCAAAACUCAAUUGUGCUUUUCUCUGCACUAAAUGGCAGUGCUGUGGUUGGAUAGUGCAGAUUAAGGGGAGGUAUUAUUAUAAUAAGAGCUCCUUAUGACAUCAUAAGGAGUGCCAAAUUUCAAUGACCUAUUUUUUCAUGUGUUUGUAGAGAAUGCACUUAAAGGUGGAGUGCACAAUGUUUGAAAGCCAAUGUUGAUAUUUGAAAUCACCUAAACAAACACGCCCCUACCCCAAUAGAAUCUGGACCUUCUUUUAAAAGACCCGCCCCACAAACACGCAACCCGGCAAGGAUGUCGGUUAGUAGACACGCUCCUUACUGCUGAUUGGCUAUAAGUGUGUUUUGGUAGUCGGCCCGUCUCCUUUUCCAAGGCGUUUUUCAAACAUUGUGCACUCCGCCUUUAACUCUUUCGCCGCCAUUGACGAGAUAUCUCGUCAAUCAAGAGAAAACGCUUCCCUGCCAAUAACAAGAUUUUCUGGCUUUCCGCAAUACCGCUAUUAUCCACCGCCCUUCCUCAACUUUUUAAAGCCGGAAGUAUUGCUCUAUGGCAAGCGGCUGUAUGUCCGUGUCUGUUUUAAAGAUCGCUCUGAAUGGGAUCUCUAUGAAAAGUCCGUCACAAAAAUGGAAUUAUCUCUGCUUUUUGCUCAAAAUGUGGUGUUUUUGCAGACCCUUACGAAAAUUAACCAUGGUUUUACUACAGUUAAGACCAAAAAACCAUGGUUACUGUAGUAAAACCAUGGUUACCACAAAAUAACCAUGGUUUUGACAACCAUGGUUUUCAAAAACCAUAGUUAAACCAUGGUUAGUGUAGUAAAACCAUGGUUUUGCUCAUAGUAAUCAAUUGACCAAAAAAUCAUGGUUACUACACUUUUACCACAAUAAAAUCAUGG